AUGGCAUCGAAGGUUUGGCUUGAGGCCACCCUUAAAAACGGAUUUAUAAAGUUUAUCGAGUAUGAUUCAUUUGAAGAUAUAACACCCAUACCAAUACAAGGUAAAAACGCAUCAUCGAAUAAAAAUUUAUGUUGGGCCAAUUGGGGUAACAAUCAGAAGAAUAAUAAGUUGCACGUCGCUUUGAAAACCUGGAAAUUAAAUUAUGACAAUAUCGAUCAUGACGCCGUAGAAAGGUUUGUUAAUGAGUUGACAUUAUUACCAAAAGUAAAUUUUCACGCGAAUAUAAUAAGAUUCUUUGGAAUGAGUCACGUUUCCUCCAGCGAUACAUAUUAUCUGGUAACACAAUAUGCUAAUGGCGGUACGAUACGACAACAUCUACAACGUAACUAUCACCAGUUAACAUGGUUUGAUAAGACUCGAAUUAUCAAGGAAAUAGCAACAGGUUUACAAUGCAUACACAAUGAAGGAAUAUCACAUAAGAAUCUGCACCCAAAUAAUGUGCUGGUUCAUGAUGGAAGAAUGAUGAUAGCAGAUUUGGGAUUCUCGGACACAUGGCAUGAUUCAACGACGCCAUAUCACGAUGAGAUGAUACCGUUUUUAGAACCGUUGAACGAAAUGCAAUUAGAUUCCUCCUUUAUUAAACCCGGAGAAGUUCGCUUUAAGCUUGAACCUACUCCCUUGAAAAAUAUUGGAAAUUUAUCAAAUAAAAAUGGAAAACGAUUGAUUAAGAGGCACUCUCAUCCAAAUAUACUAAAUAUCUCACCAUCUUUACCUCCUACAACAUCCUCAAGGACCAUUCCUCCUCUCCCAUUAGACUCCAUAGAUUUGAAAGAUGCUGCAAAUGAUAUCGGAGAUUAUGUCGUAAUUGAUAAAGAUGAAUUGUCAGGGUACACACAACCAAAACCUUCUUUAUCGGAUAGUGACUUAACGAAGAAGAGAUAUGAAAAGUCAAGAAGCCUAAAUUUUCGAUAUACUCGCAUGAGUCGAACAUCAUAUGGAGACGGAAAUGACGUAUACAUGCAACGUGAGAAAAAUGAUGAAGGAAAAGACGUAUUGUUUGAAAAUAUUUCAAUAAAUAAUUGUCAGCAACCACCAAUAUUAUUGAUAGCAAGGUAUUCUCCGGCAAAGAGAAUAAUAUCAGCAUUUGAAGUUUUAAAGAAUAAUGGUGGGAAUUUAAGGGAUAAAGACAUCAAAUUGAAAACGGCAAUACAUAAAUUAAUUUGGAAUGACGAUUUAUUUGAAAUGAAUAUUGGAUUUGCAUCAGCAAAAUAUCCAAGGCAUAAUCAUUUUAGAAUAGCAUUAAAAUGGUUAUGCUCAAAUAAUAUUAGUAUUAAUUCAAGAGACGAAUUUGGAUGGACUCCAUUGCAUGAAGCAAUAUGGAAAAGAAGAGAACCCGGUAUCAUAUCCGCGUUACUGGAUCAUAAUGCGAAUCCGAAUAUAACGGAUAAACAUGGUUCAACUUCACUUCAUCAAUGCUUAAAUCUCUUGAGGACGACGACAGACGAUUCAGAAAAAUCUCAAUUAUUUGGUUGUAUAAAAUUACUUUUAUCUAAUGGUGCCAAUCCAAAUUUAUCACUGCCGGAUCACACUCUGACAUUAUCUGGAGUUCCUUUCCCGAAUUCUUUAUUUGCCGCUGUUUAUUUGGAUUUACCAUUGGACAUUAUUGAAUUAAUGGUAAAAAAAGGUGGUGAUGUUGCUUCAACCUCCUUUCGUGGGUUAUAUUUACUGGAUUUUGCUGCUAAAGUUAAUAAUAUUCGUGCUCUUAAAUAUUUAACCGAUCACAAGAAUUUCUUUGGAAAAAAAAGUAUUUUUAACGCUUUAAAAUAUCCCGUUAAAUCUUAUACCAUCAAACACGAAAAACCUAUUAAUAGGGGUAGAAGGUUUCAUAAUAAUAUUUCCACCGUUUGA